GUUAAUUCUACACCAUUUGCCUACUGACACAAACAAGUCUACACAAUUUUACACAUUUCUUGGUCUGCAACACUCAUUGAAACAAAAAGAAGAGCAAGUUUUUGCAAAACGUGAAAACAACCAUAAGUUUAUUGAACUUUCUCGUUUCUCUUCUCUACUUUUAAGGGGGUGGAGAAAAUGGGAACAACCUUGUUUACAAGCUGCAGCUUUACCUGGACAUGUCAUCACCAGCAAACUGUACCUUCCCACUAUUUGCUUGCCCAAUCUUCACUUGAAAAUGGGAUUUCAAGAACAAAGGUUGCGAUAGAUUCAAGAGGAAAUAGUUUGGUUGAUGGAGAAGCGGAGAAAUUAUCUGGGUUUUUUAAGAGAAGAUCAGUUUUGGCAUCCGGGAUCUCUUUACUUUCUUCUGCAGUGUUGGGUUUUCCUAGUGAUAGCUUGGCAGUGGUGAAACAAGGCCUUCUAGCUGGGAGAGUUCCUGGUCUCUCUGAACCAAAUGAAGAAGGUUGGAGGACAUACCGUAGGCCGGAUGAUAAGUCUGGAGGGCAUGGAGUUGGGUGGAGUCCUAUUAUUCCUUACUCCUUUUCCGUGCCUGAGGAGUGGGAAGAGGUUCCAGUAUCCAUAGCAGAUCUAGGUGGCACAGAGAUUGACCUAAGAUUUGCUAACUCCAAAGAAGGACGCCUCUUCGUUAUUGUUGCUCCUGUACUCAGAUUCGCAGACAAUCUUGGUGAUGAUGCCAAAAUUGAACAAAUUGGACCUCCAGAUAAAGUGAUCGAUGCAUUUGGACCAGAAGUGAUUGGGGAGAAUGUAGAAGGGAAGGUUUUAAGUAUAAAUGUAUCAGAGCACUCAGGAAGAAAAUAUUACCAGUAUGAAUUGGAGCCACCUCAUGUUUUGAUCACAGCAACUGCAGCAGGGAAUCGCCUUUACUUGUUUGCUGUAACUGGCAGUGGUCUUCAGUGGAAGAGGCACUACAACGAUUUAAAACGAAUAAAUGAUUCCUUUCGCAUUGCCUAAUCUGAGAUACAUAGCUAAGUGUUGAGUUUUUUAUAUUUUAUUGAGAGUGUAAUUUACAACAAAAUGAAAAUUCAAGAAGUCUAUCUGAAAGCGUAA